AAAAUUAAAAAAGAGAGAGAGAGAAAUAAAUUUAAAAAUUUUGGAAAUAUUUUUUGUUCACCUCAAUUCGUAUGAAUAUGUAUUAAUUAAUAAUCAAAAUUGGAAAUAAUAUAUUAAUUCUGUGAAUCUACGUUUUAUAUUUCACAAUAGCGUUUUCCUGAUUAUUCAUUUUUAUUUUGUUGUGUGAGAAGAGGAAGAAGAGGAAUACGGAGAAGAAAGACGAAAGGGUAGAGAAAGAUAAAGAGGGGAAGAUCUUGUAAAUAAGGAAACCCUAGUUUUUCCUUUUUUGGGUUAUUUUUCAAAUUUUUCCUAUUAAUUUUCAGCUACAACCUGCUACUGUUACCAAUAAGGAAUCUCUUGUCAUUGCUUCAAUCGAACGAGAGUGAACGAGUUUUGUGGGAUUGUGUAAUUUUAGGAAGACGCAAAGAUGAUGUCCAGGUCGUAUACAAAUCUUUUAGAUUUGGCUUCCGGGAAUUUCCCAGCAAUGGGGAGGGAAACUAGGGAACGGAGGCGGUUGCCAAGGGUUAUGAGUGUUCCGGGGAUUGUCACUGAGCUAGAUGAUGAUCAGGCAGUUAGUGUUUCAUCUGAUAAUCCGUCAACUGUUUCUACCGAUCGGAUGAUUAUUGUAGCAAACCAGCUACCGGUGAAAGCAAAGCGAAAAGAGGACAAUAAAGGGUGGAGUUUCAGUUGGAAUGAGGAUUCAUUGCUUUUACAGCUGAAGGACGGAUUUCCUGAGGAUAUGGAAGUUCUUUAUGUUGGGUCGUUACGUGUUGACAUUGAUCCAGCGGAACAAGAUGACGUUUCACUACAUUUGUUGGAUAAAUUUAAAUGUGUCCCGACUUUUCUGCCCGCUGACGUUUUGUCAAAAUUUUAUGAUGGUUUCUGUAAAAGGCAGUUAUGGCCACUUUUUCAUUACAUGUUACCGUUUUCAACAGACAAAAGCCACCGAUUUGAUCGCACUUUGUGGGAAGCCUACGUGUUGGCAAAUAAGCUAUUUUUUCAAAAGGUAGUUGAAAUAAUAAACCCAGAGGAUGACUACAUUUGGAUUCAUGAUUAUCAUUUGAUGGUGCUGCCAACUUUUUUAAGAAGGCGUUUUAACAGGGUCAAGAUGGGAUUUUUUCUGCAUAGCCCCUUUCCAUCAUCAGAGAUAUAUAGGACUCUUCCGGUCAGGGAAGAGAUACUGAAAGCUUUACUAAACUCUGAUAUCAUUGGAUUCCAUACCUUUGACUAUGCCCGCCAUUUCCUUUCCUGUUGCAGUCGUAUGUUGGGUCUGGAGUAUCAGUCAAAGAGGGGCUAUUUAGGAUUGGAGUAUUAUGGAAGGACUAUCAGUAUUAAGAUUAUGCCUGUUGGGAUUCACAUGGGUCGGAUUGAAUCAGUUAUGAGAAUGGCAGAUGAGGAGUGUAAGGUAAGGGAGCUCAAACAGCAAUUUGAAGGAAAAACCAUCUUGCUUGGUAUUGAUGAUAUGGACAUUUUUAAAGGCAUAAAUUUGAAGAUUUUGGCUAUGGAGCAGAUGCUCAGACAACAUCCCAAAUGGCAAGGAAGAGCUGUUCUGGUCCAGAUAGUUAAUCCUGCAAGAGGUAAAGGGAUACAUAUAGAGGAGAUACACACUGAAAUACAAGAAAGCUGCAGCAGGAUCAACAGAGUGUUUGGGCGACCUGGUUACGAACCAAUUGUUUUUAUUGAUAGAUCGGUUCCUUUUGCUGAAAAAGUUGCCUAUUACAGCAUUGCUGAGUGUGUUAUUGUCACAGCUGUAAGGGAUGGGAUGAACCUGACUCCUUAUGAGUAUAUCGCUUGUAGACAGGGAAUAUCUAGUUCUGAAUCAUGUUCCAACGUCAGUGACCCAAAGAAGAGUAUGCUAGUAAUAUCAGAAUUUAUUGGCUGUUCUCCAUCACUUAGUGGGGCUAUCCGUAUAAAUCCAUGGAAUGUUGAAACAACUGCAGAGGCAAUGAAUGAGGCCAUCUCAAUGAGUGAUGGAGAGAAACAGCUGCGGCAUGAGAAGCAUUACCGAUAUGUCAGCACUCAUGAUGUGGCUUACUGGUCACAUAGUUUCUUGCAAGACAUGGAGAGGGCUUGCUCAGACCUUUUAAGGAAAAGAUGUUGGGGAAUAGGUCUUAGCUUUGGAUUUAGAGUUGUGGCACUUGACCCUAAUUUUAAAAAGCUGUCGAUUGAUGCUAUGGUCUCAGCUUACAAGAGGUCAAAGAGUAGGGCCAUAUUGUUGGACUACGAUGGUACUGUGAUGCCACAAAACUCCAUUAAUAAGAGUCCAAGCAAGGAGGUCUUGUCUAUUUUGGACACACUCUGUGCAGACACCAAAAAUGCAGUUUUCAUUGUUAGUGGACGGGGAAGGGAGAGCUUAACUGAGUGGUUUGCUCCCUGCAAAAAGCUUGGAAUUGCUGCAGAACAUGGGUACUUCUUGAGAUGGUCCCAGAAUGGAGAGUGGAAAAUAUGUGGUAAGUGCUUCGAAUUUGGAUGGAUGCAGAUUGCUGAACCUGUAAUGAAACUAUAUACAGAGGCUACUGAUGGUUCCAGCAUUGAAAGAAAAGAGAGUGCUUUGGUCUGGCAAUACCGUGAUGCUGACCUUGGUUUUGGAUCUUCUCAGGCUAAGGAAAUGUUAGAUCAUCUAGAAAGUGUUUUGGCCAAUGAGCCUGUUGCAGUGAAGAGUGGCCAAUUCAUUGUUGAAGUAAAGCCACAGGAUGUGAGCAAAGGCUUAGUGGCUGAAAGGAUAUUUUCGUCAAUGGCUGAGAAGGGUAAACAGGCUGACUUUGUUCUCUGUGUUGGUGAUGACAGAUCUGAUGAGGACAUGUUUGAAAUAGUUAGUAAUGCAAUCUCAAGGAAUAUUCUUGCCACCAAUGCUUCUGUAUUUGCGUGCACGGUUGGACAAAAACCAAGCAAAGCAAAGUAUUAUCUGGAUGAUACAACUGAAGUAAUAAGCAUGCUAGAAUCUUUGGCCGAAGAAUCUGAUUCCUCACCCUGCAUAGAUGAAACUGAGGAUUCCUCUUGGAAGGCAAAUGUGAGUUGAGGUUUCACCUCAUUUAGAUUAUUUUUUUCUUUUUUAAUUGGAAUGUAAUAUUCGUGGUGACAUUUGGGGCGUUUGCAGAGUAUGCUUUUUUCUUUUUUUUCUUUUUUUUCUUUUUCUUCCUUCAAUUAUAUAUUACAUAUAUUUUUGGGAGAAUCCCGUCAUUAUUUUCUGUUCUUGCCAUUGAUAAUUUUACUAUUUUGGUUCCGGGAGAGCAGAUAAAGAUGUUAAUUUGGUUUUUUAUUCCUAUGACAAACGAAGAAAAGAAUGAAAGCUCUUGCUUGCUUGGCUUUGGCAACCAUUCCAAAAGUUUAUGUUGUUGAUAGGAUAUGGAAAAACUAGAUUUUGAAUUCUGGACAAAAUAAUUUACUAAGAGAAAUGCACUAGAGCUACAACCAAAAUUCCAAAAGUGAAGUAUAAUAACGUGAAAUAUGCACAUGAAUUGUAAUUUAUCUUAAUAUUACUUUAUGUUGAAUUUACGACGGUCAUAGAUUAAUUUUUAUUUCAAUACUAUUUGAGUUUCUGUUUUGAAUUUAUGUUUAUAAUUUAAUGUAUAUUCUUAUUAUAUACAUACUAAAAUUUGUUUUGGAAGUCCAUCUUCUCCACCCAUAAGCGUUGGGAGGGAACUGAGAAUGAUCGCUGGUUAUAACGUGGGACUCCACUCCCAUUGGUCUGUUCAUGCUGAUGUUGGAAGAUUCUGAGUCAUCAUUUUUUUAAAAGGCGGUGCCUUCUUCUGCCUAGAGCUUCUACGGUGGUCCGUUAACAGCUGUUUACACAAUAAUUUUUACAAGAAAUGGCAUAAUUGAUCUCUCAUGGUACAGCAAUGAAAUCCAGUUGGGUGUCCAAAAAGAGCUUUUGUGUAUACAUCUCAUCUUGAAAUUUUGACUUUUUCUUUUGGUUAAAAAAUUAAAGAGAAAGAAGAGAGAAAAAAUAAUUUUAAAAAUACACAUUAAAUUAUAGAAGUGUUCAAGAACCAAUCUAAACUUAUCUAAAUCGUUAAGUUGAAUUGAUAAAUUAAAAAUUGAAUAAAUCGUUAGCAAAAAAAAGUUGAAAAUAACAAGUUAAACCUUUUUUAUGUAAUUUGGUUUAAUAUUAAUUUUCAUGUUUAAAACUAAACUUGAACCAAAGUUAGCCAUAUAUAUAUACUAAAUUUAUACUAACUUUUUAAUUCUAUCAUUUUAUGUACCAAAAAAAUUAUUCUUUUGUUUUUUAGUGAAUACAAGAGUUCACUAAAGUCAAAGCAUACCUUAAAGGAUAAAAAGUGUUUAUAAAGGUACUUACAAAUCAUUUAUCAACUAGGUUCUCUCAUCGAUAAUGGAAUUUAAAAUUGCAUUUUUGUAAAAUACAAAUCUAAUCCUUAUCAAUGGAACCAACCUUUGUGGCAAAAUAAAUAAAUUAUUCUACUAUUUUAUAAACCAUAACUUAUAAUAUAUUUUAUUGAAUGUAUUUGGAUUUGAUUUUUUUAAGCGAGUUAUUUUGACUUUUGAUUUAAUUUAGACUAAGUUGUAAAUUUUUUUUAUUAAAUUAUAUUUAUAACAAGUUCUUUCUAUGUUUACUAUGUUUUUUUUACAUGCAUAAAAUUUCAGUUUAUAAAACAAUAUUAUCCCUUAACAAAAAUUGAAAUAAUCAAUCAUAUCUAAACAACAAAUAAUUAGUUUAAAUUAAUUAUUUUUUAUGACAUUCUCAAACUGGUUUAAGUCAAACGUCUUUAUCAGAUUCUCUCUUUGUAUAUUAUAAAAUAAAUCAUUAAAAUUAUUCUAGACAUUUUAUGUGUAUAUUUUCUUUUUCUUAUCACAUAAAAUAAAAAGUACUUUUUUCUCUGACCAAAUAAAUAUAAAACAAUUCCCUUUUUCAUCGUAUUUUUUGUAUUCCAUUUUAUUUCACUCAUUUUCUUCAUACAAGGAGUAAGUAAUAUCAGGCAUAACUUUUCAAAAAAUUUCGAUAAAUCUUGACAAGGGUAGUGUUUGCUCACAGGAUUAUCACACAUCUCAAGGAAAGCACAUUGGGAUAGAUUUCCGAUCGGCCAAUGACCAAUUGUCAUAUUGGAUCGUUGUCACUGAUAGCUAUUUUUUAGUAUUAAAUUAUAUUAUCUUGCUAGAUUUCUCUAGCACUUUAGCCCUUUUAAGAUUUCUUAUUAAUACAUUACACCCCAUGUUUACAAUUUUCUUAAAAAGUUUACCUUAUUUUGUUCGUUGGUUUUCUCACUCACACAGCAGCUUUGCAAUAACUCAUGAGUGUAGGAAGAUACUCACUCAACCUAUGGAACUCAAAUGCAAUCUGCAAAUUUAGACCCCCAUAAAAAAAGAGUAUAAAUAUUGAUUAAAAAAGUACAACCUAUAAUCAUACAAGGUUGUUGAAUGAUG